AUGAGGAUAAAUAGGCAAAUAGACAAUAAUUUACCUACUCCUCAAUCCAUAGCUAUAUCUCCCCCUGAAACAAAAAAAGAUUAUAUAUUAUAAACGGAUAAAUCAUUUGAUAAUAAUAACCCAGAUGAAAAAUAUAAAGAUUAAGUAAAGCCAUCUAUUAAGCCUAGUAUUCGCUACACUAGGGCUUAAUCAUAGCAAAAGGGAUUGCAGGUAUAAUCUCUUACUUAGUAAAGUAUUGCACCUAUGCUUUCAAGUGGUUUUUAAACACUAAAUACAAAUUAGCUAUCAAGGCCUACACAUACUAAUGGAAGUAGUGGAAAUAUUUUGUUAUCUAGAAGUAGCUUAUAAAGCCCUCCUCGCUCAAACCCCAAAUAAUCACUUAAUCAAUAAUCUGCACCUGGAUUAAUUAAAAAUUACCUCAGAUGCUGCCCUUCACAUAGUGAUGAAGGUUUGAAGAGAAUAUGCUCAAUUCCAUUUUGUAGUAAAGAUAUUCUUUUGUGUGGAGAUUGUAUGUACGAAGAUCCUGAUCAUACAAAAAUGCACUAAUAGGACAUUAUGUUGGUGAACGAAUUUUUAGAUGUAGUUGAAAACGAAGGAAAUAAGCAUAAUUGGAAAACUCUAUUAGAAAAGCAGAAGGAAGUAUUUAGCCAAAACACAUAUAAUUUAGUAAAGUUUCCUGAAAAGCAUGCAACAUAAUACGGAGAAUAUAUAGAAGUUCAAAAAAAAUUGAUUUAGAAUGAUAUAAACAUUAUUUUGGGUAAAUUUUAAGCACAUUUAUAAAGCAUUGAGAACGAAUUGAUUUAACUCCUCAACCAGCAACUGCAGAGUGUGUGCUAACAGCUUGAAGAACUAAAAUCUGAAAUUUUUAAUGUUUAAGAGCUAGAUUCAAAAAUGUAUAUAAACCCAAGAGGUUACUUAGAAAACUAGCUUUAAAUGAACUAGAAUAUGAAAGAAGUUAGUUAGUAAUUUAGAUGGAUUCGUGAUAUUUUAUUUGGAAACAAAAUAACUAUAGAGAGCCAGAGAGCAAGGGUGUAAAAUAUAGAAUAAGUUGGUAUUUAACUUUCAGAAUAGCUGAAAUCUCCUCCUUAAUAUACUCCUCUAUCAAAAGAAUCUUUAAAAGUCAUAGAUAAGAGAAUUAAUUAGCUAGCUACUAACGCAACAAGCGAAAUAAGGUCUUCAUUAAAAAAUAAUUAAUUUUACCAAAUAAACACAAGUGCUGCUAAAACUGAUAGCUUCAAAAAGAAGCUAAAUCCAAAUAUGCAGAUUUAAGAUAGUAUUUAGGUAUAUGAUUUGAAUAAUCAUUAAGGUGUUAAUGGAGAAAGGUAGAUUUAAAAUACUUUAUAGUCAAUGAAUCCUAUCCACUUAGCUUCAAUAGAUUCUUAGCAAUCAUAGCAAUAUACAAAAGAAUAUUUGAUUAACAAAGUACUAGAAAGUACUAUAAAAGACUUUAACUAAGAAAAUUUACCAAAUGGUUUUUAGUAUUUGGGUUCGUCAAAGCAAUCUGAGUAUGAUUAUGGAAAGUAAUAGUAAAAAAUGAUGACAUUUGCAGGAGAUGGCUCAGUAGUAGAUUAUACAACGCUAAAAGAAAAUUAAGAUGAAAAAAUAAAGCAUACCUCUAUAAAAAAUAUAUCCAAUAUACCCUAGACUCUGAGCAAAGAUAAUGAAAUAAUUUAAAAUAGUGAGCCUUUUAGUAGGGGUAACAAUUUUAUGACAAAAUAGUUGUAAAGUUAUUACAAUAAUAAUAACGAUGGUUAACAAACUUUAUAGAAGAAUUAGAGUUCAUAUAAAAGCUUAAACUCAAACUUUUAGCAAAACUUAGAUGAAUUAGAAGCUGUAACUCCAUUUUAGAACGUCACCCCUUAAAAAUCACAAAGUUCAAAUUGGAAAGACUACUCAAAUUCAAAUUAAUCAAGCAAUUAGUAGGUUUAGUAGUUAUAGAAUCAAGCAAUUUAAAAUUUCAAUAAUAAAACACCUUCUUCUCAACCCUCUCCCCCAACACAAUAAAUAAAUUUAAAUUUGCCUUUAUACUAAUAAUACUAAUCUGUUUAGAAUAAUUUAGAAACAAUUCCAGAAUUAAAUUAAUCUAACUCUGUAAAUUCACUUUUUUCAUAGCAACUUAGCAACACUACACAUCCUUUGCAAGAUAUAGAAAUUAUGGAAGGAAAUAAAUCAGUUAGAGUAAAAACAAAGAAUAACAAUUUUAUGAAUCUAACAUAAAUUCCAAAAGAAAUUUCUUUGCAGUAAGAAAAGGUAAACUGUCUUUGUGUAGUUGGAGGAGCUCUUAUAGCAUGUGGAGAUAACAAAGGAUUUAUAAAACUCUAUAAUAUUUCAAAUCAGACUUGCAUAGGUGAACUUUAGCCUCACAAAACUAGUAUCUCAUGUAUAAGUUCCUUUUAAUCAGAGUAGCCUUAUAUUCUAAGUGGAUCAGCAAGCGAUAGUUUAAUCCAUUUAUGGAAUAUCAUCAAUGAAAAAGGAAAUAUUUCUUUAAGAGAAAGCUAAGAAUUAGUUUAAGGCUAACAAUAAACAAGCAAGUAGAAUUUGAAUACUAAUUUUAUUAGUUCGUUAUUUGAUGAAAGAAAUAUCAUAGCUGUUGUUAAUAAUUUUUCAUCUAUAUGUGUCUGGGAUACUAAAGUUUAAAAAAAGGUUUAAAAUAUCAAACCAAUUAUUCAAUAAGGCGACCUUUCAACAUCUUAAGUUACAAGUAUUCACUCAAUGGGAAAAGUUAUGUAGUCAAUAUUAAUAGGGUAUAAAUGCAGUAAAGUUGGUAUAUAUAAAGUAGAAUAUGAUUCUGCAAAAGCAAGAGUUGAAGAAAAUAAAAUUAAAUAAAUAGUAUUACUCAAGCAAGUUGAUUUAGGAAAGGGUAAUGUCCCUUCAAAUAUUUCCUCUUUAUUCAAUAGCAAAGUAUUCAUAACUAUUAAAAAAAUGGUAUUAGUCUGGGAUACAAAAACAUUUGAGCUUUGCUAAAAAAUUGAUUCAUACUAAAAUGAUAGUUCAGUAUCUGACAUUUGUGAUAUCCUUGUUGCUUAAUACUCAGAUAAUAACCAGAAAUAUUCUGUUAUUUAGAUAUGCAAAAAUGAUAAUAGAAUAAUUAUACAGAAUCCAAAUUCACAACCAAGCACAAAGCAUCACAUAAAAGAUUUCAAGAUAAUAGACUCUGUAUUUAAAGAGAAGCUUCAAUUUUGUAAGAGCCAUUUAAAUGAAUUAUUCGUAGUAAGCUUAAAUUAGAACAAAAAUACUUUAAUAUAUUGGAAAAUGUUUGAAUCUUAAUGA